UGUAUUGCAGCGCCGGGACCGCGGGAUGAAAGCGGGGAGCCAGCGGAGCUGGAGAGCUUGAAGCGGACCGGGUAGUUCGGGAGAACCAUGGGGCUCCCCACGCUGGAGUUCAGCGACUCCUUCCUGGACAGUCCCGACUUCAGAGAGCGUCUCAAGUGUCACGAAAUCGAGUUGGAGCGCACGAACAAGUUCAUCAAAGAGCUCAUCAAAGAUGGAAACAUGCUCAUCACGGCGUUCAAGAACCUCUCUGCAGCAGUCCAGAAGUUUUCCCAGUCACUCCAGGAGUUCCAGUUUGAGUGCAUUGGCGAUGCAGAAACAGAUGAUGAGGUGAACAUUGCUCAGUCGUUCAAGGAGUUCUCCCAGCUUUUAAACACCGUUGAAGAAGAGAGGAGACGCUUGAUUCAGAAUGCUGAUGAUGUUUUGAUUACCCCCCUGGAAAAAUUUCGCAAGGAGCAAAUAGGUGCUGCAAAGGAGGGGAAGAAGAAGUUCGACAAAGAGACGGAGAAAUACUACUCCACACUGGAGAGACACCUCAACCUGUCGUCUAAAAAGAAAGAGGCCUUUCUCCAGGAGGCUGACACGCAGAUUGAUAAGGAGAGACAACUCUUUUAUGACGCCUCUCUCGAGUAUGUGUUCAAAAUACAGGAGGUGCAAGAGAAGAAGAAGUUCGAGUUCGUUGAGCCGCUGCUGGCCUUUCUCCAGGGCCUGUUUACAUUCUACCAUGAAGGCUACGAGCUGGCUCACGAGUUUGAGCCCUACAAACAGCAGCUCCAGUUCAACUUACAGAAUACACGUAACAACUUUGUAAGCACCAAGCAGGAAGUGGAGAAGCUCAUGAAACGGAUCAAAUCGGCAGACCAGGACUACAAACCUCCGGGCCAGUGGACGAUGGAGGGUUUCCUCUACGUCCAGGAGAAACGUCCUCUGGGAUGCACGUGGACACGCCACUACUGCACGUACGAGAAGGGCAGCAAAACCUUCACCAUGAGCAACAGUGAAAAUAAGUCCGCUAGCAAACAGAAUGGUCUGGUCAUGAGCCCGGCGGAGAUGUUUAAGCUCAAGUCCUGCAUUCGGAGGAAAACAGACUCCAUUGACAAGCGCUUCUGCUUUGAUAUUGAAGUAGUGGAAAGAAAUGACAUCUAUCGUGGAACUCUUUUCAGACCACUUCAAUUUUUCUGUAAAGUCCGGCAUGGCAUUGUGACACUACAGGCGCUGUCAGAGUCCAACAGAAGAUUGUGGCUGGAGGCGAUGGAUGGCAAGGAGCCGAUUUACAACCUCCCAGCCAUCCUGAGCAAGAAAGAAGAGACCUUUCUUAACGAUGCAGGUUUCAACUUUGUGAGGAAGUGCAUCAAGCUGGUGGAGACGAGAGGAAUCAACACAAUGGGACUUUACAGGAUCGGGGGGGUGAACUCCAAAGUGCAGAAGCUGAUGACCACUGUCUUUUCAUCCAAAGCUCCUGUAGAUAUGGACCUGGACCCGGAGACGUGGGACAACAAAACCAUCACCAGCGGCCUGAAGAAUUACCUCAGGUGUCUCUCUGAGCCACUAAUGACCUUCAGGCUCCACAAGGACUUCAUCAUGGCUGUCAAGUCAGAUGACCAGAACUACAGGGUGUGCGCCGUCCAUGCCUUGGUCCACAAGCUUCCUGAGAGAAACAAGGAGAUGCUGGAGCUCCUGAUAAAACACCUCGUCAUAGUUUCAACCCAAAGCCAGUUCAACCUGAUGACUGUGUCUAAUCUGGGCGUCAUCUUUGGGCCGACGCUGAUGCGGUCCCAGGAGGAGACUGUGGCAGCCAUGAUGAACAUCAAGUUCCAGAACAUUGUGGUCGAAAUACUCAUUGAGAACUUUGACAAGAUCUUCCACCAAGCGCCAGACCCCAACGUGCCACUGCCUCAGCCCCAGAGUCGGCCUGGCUCUCGCCGAAGUAGGGCCAUCUGUCUCUCCACUGGGCCCAGGAAGCCCCGUAGCAUCUACACCCCAACCCUCUGCCUGGCAGACGCAGAAAGCCCCUGCAUAGGUGACACUUUCAGCAGCAGUCCCGGCAGCACCCCCAUUGGCAGCAUGGAGUCCCUGUCCUCCCACUCCUCUGAGCAGAACAGCUCCUCCAGAACGGCUCCGCGGCGAACCCCCUCCCAGCUCUCCAAAGGACCCAAGCCCACCGUGUGCCUCAGCAGCCCGGAGUCCAGCUCCAGGGAACACACGGGACACACAGAUGGGGAAUCAGAGGACGCCCUGAGCCUGUCCUCAGUCAGCAGCAGUGCUGCCAGGCCGUCCCCGGCUCCCAAGAAAGCCCCUCACAGCCGCGCUGACCUCAGGCCAGCGCAGCUGAACCGCUCCACUACGCCCUCGCUGAAAUCACUGCAUAUCUCCGACGGCCGUAGGAGCUGCUUGGGAUCGGUCCAGAGUCUUUCGACACCGGAGCCCAAAGAGAGUCCAAAGCCUAUCGGCCACCCAGACCUCCCACCUAAACAAGUGGUCCGCCGCACGACGGACAGCACAUUCAGCAACGGCUACCAAAGACCGGGCUCAGUGGUUGCUGCGAGAGCGCUGCUGUUUGAGAACGCCUCUUCCCAGCAGUCUGCUGCAGGAGGAAGAGACGCUAAGGCAAUGUAUUCCUGUGAGGCAGAGCACAGCCAUGAGCUCAGCUUUCCACAGGGGGCGCACUUCUCAAAUGUCUACCCUUCUGUGGAACCGGGCUGGCUCCAAGCAACGUACGAGGGGAAAACCGGUUUAAUCCCGGAGAACUACGUCGUCUUCCUCUAACAGGCCGCUCACAAGGAGAAACUUUUUCAUGGUAUCCAUGGCAACAAUAUUGUGCGAUGUCACUGACUGUUGUGAAGUUCCUGUCACUGUAGGCAACAAACACGAAUUUUCUUCAUAGUGCUGAUUUGAAGUAGGAGGCCCAACAGUGCAACCAACGACUGUUGAUGCUUAGAGGUGUGAUUUUUUUUUAUCAAAACACAUUACUGCUGUCUGUACUUACUGUACUGAACAUUGCUUUGGCAUUUUAUAUAUAUAGCCUUUAUCGACAGAUUGAUAUCUGAUCUAUCUAAACCAAAAAAAAAAAGAGAUUAUCCGACUGCACUGAUUUUUUUUCUCACAUCUAGUAUUAAUGUACAGCAGAAUCAUAGAACAAUCACAUUCCAUAUUUCUAGCUUUAUUCUCAGAAAUAUUUAUGUCUCUUUUAUUCUCUUACCUCCCGUUCUAUUAACACCCACACAUUCAUCAAGUCGCUAGUGCAGAUCUUUAAAGUUUCAUCGACAGUUUUGUUCACAAUAAUAGUCAUGUCAUAAAAUAAGCUUUAAAAUUAGAAUACAGAUCUGCUAGAAAAGCAAGAGUAGCUCGCACCUUAACUUCCAUUUUUUGGCCAGUGAUCAUUGUUCCACAGCAGAACCUGUUCACUGACCCAGUAGACUUUCUGGCUGUCGUAUAUGGUACUGCUAAUGACUUUUUCUGUAGCUAUCAAUCAGAAAAUAUUUAUCUCUUAUCACUGUGCAUUACUAUAAAUUAUCACGUUAUAUUUUUAUUGUGAAACUUUUUUUUUUUUUUAUGCAACGGUGAAAAAUUCUGUGUGUACGAAACGGAGCCUUCAACUGCAAUGUCUAUUGUGUUACUGUUCUCACUGGUACACUGGCGUACUACAAAUGACAACGGACUGGACUGAAGUCAACCAAGCUAGACAUACAUCGAUCAGCCAAAACAUUAAAACCACCUGCCUAAUAUUGUGUAGGUUCCCCUCGUUCUGCCAAAACAGCUCUGACCCAUCGAGGCUUGGACUCCUCAAGACCUCUGAAGGUGUCCUCUGCUAUCUGGC